CGACGUGGGGACUACAACUCCCAGCAUGCAGCGCAAGGCCGCUCGCAGUUCUGUCCGCUGCGGACGGCCGGACGACGGCCGAGAGGGGACUAAAAGCCGCGGAGAGGAGAUCACUGAGGGGAUUUGCAAGUUUGGCGUUUUCUUGCAUCGAUAAAUAUAAACUUGCAAAUGGCUGGAAUGCUGUCCUCUUGCGGUCACCUGUGCCUCGUCUCCUCCUGGGCAAGGAGUCUUCAAAAGGCAACAUCGCUAGGACGGUGGGAACGGACCUCGCCCCAUUCCUUUAGAAUGCGUACGGCGCUUUUGCCGUGCGGCUGGCAAAGCCACGCGAUCCAAGCGGUCCUGCCCAGAUGGUUGGGCGUUUCGGCGCCUUCUCAGCAGGCCCGGGAGCAAAACCCAGCUGAGAACCUGAAAGACUUCAAACCGAUUUACAGGUUUCCUGGGAUCAGGUACUGCCGAGCCGUGUCGAGGCUGAAGCUGCUGCAGACAGGCCUGACAGCUCUGAUUCUGCCGCCGGUCUGGUUUCUCUGCUGGCACGGCCAAGUGACCCAAACUGAGUGCCUUUACAGCACAGGGGUCGCAUGCUUUGCUGGCAUCAUGCUGUACGCCAUGAGCCAUUACUUCCGGCGGAUCAUCGGCAUGAUGUACCUGAACGGAGACGGCACGGUGCUGCGAGUGGCGCAUUUGACAUUCUGGGGAAGGAGGAACGAUAUCUACUGCCCGGUCGAGACCGUAAUGACCUUGGAUGACAUCGGUGACAACUGGAACGAACUUCUGCUCCGGUUCAAGCAGUACAACAGGGACGGGUGUUUAUACUUCACUCUCCGCUUUGGACAAGUGGUGGACCAAGAAGGAUUUGUAAAAGUGUUUGGCAGAGUGUAGCCACUUGCCCCGUGGAUGUGUUCGCUAGUUUUUCACAGUCAACACUUCAGCCUGCCAUUCUGGGAGCAGCCGGUUGACCCUAAAGGGGCCUUAGACAUCACUCCAAACACGUGUUCCAGGUGCUUGACAUUUUGAUGAUCCUGGAAUUUUUAGCAGGUUUCAAACCUGGCAGAUGUAUUAAGUCAAUGGGAGACCAUAAUACGUCACUGUGUGCUUGGCUUCAAAGGGUGUUCUGUUGACUUCAAGGUGUUCUGUUGACUUCAAGGGGAUACUUAUGGCUGCUUUAGCUUGGGGGCCUUCUGAGCUGUCAGACGGUAGAAUUUACCGUUCCCCCUAGCUACUUGUCACGCUGGAGAACUGUGGGGCUGUCACAUUAAAAAUCAAAAUGCCCAA